ACGGUUGCUGCUCUAUACUACUGCAACGACUGCGCUCGCGCAACGCGAUCCAAAUAUAUAUGAAACAAUAAUAAAAAUACAAUUGAAUGGUGGUGCGCGUCCGGGCGUUCUUUAAUUUAUCGGACACCAUUGAAUUUGAUAUUAGAUGUUUCUAUUUUGUUAAAUAAUUCCUAAGUUUCAAACAUGACUACUUCCUUGGUGGCGGAUUACGGUACUUCCUCGGGUUCGGAGAGCGACCAGGACAUCUCUAAGGGUCGUGAGGAGGCGGAGGAGGAGACGACGGAGGAAAAUGAAGAGGACGAUGACGACGAUCACGAUAAAUAUGGCAACGAGGAUCAGGAUGAAGGAGAUGGAUCGGGAAGAGUCGAGCAAAGGAUAAGAAGUACAAAUGGAAAAUCGGAUGAAUCGAAGCUUCCUUUGCCAACGCCCAAUUUUGCAGCUUUACCGACCCUGAAAACAUCGGUUUUCACGAAUCCUUUUGUAGAAGCUGAGCGAGCGAAGAGCGCGAUCCUUGAAAAACACGUAAAAAUGACGCCAACAUUGGAUGACACCAAAAUGAUAAAUGGCCGCAAGAUAUGUUGGAAUUAUCGUAAGGGACGCUGUCGUUUUGGUCACAAUUGUACAUUUGCGCACGACUCUGAUGUUCAUCGUUCUGUAGCAGAAUUAGAAGCUUCCAAGAAUCCUGAAGAAACAUUGAUUUGUCAGACUCGUUACACCAGCCAAGUGACGGUAAGCAACGACGAAGAGCAAGAAAUAGACCAGGAGAACAACGAAUUGAAACAGAAGCGCAAGAAAAGGCCGGGUCUUGCACAAAAUUUAGUACCUGGUAAAAAGGUAUUGAAACUCUACAAAGCCCAACAGGCUAAAACGCUCGGUAGAUGAGCACCUUCGACUUUUCAUAUAAAAUGGACUCCUCGGCGGCAACUGCCACCGCCACUGACGACCAUUAACAUUUUCUUUCCCUUAUAAAAACAUCAAACACAUUCGAUGCUUCCAGCUAUGCCCUAUCCGAUUUAUAUAUCUACCAAUUAUGGGCGAGUACAAACUAUAAAUGUCUUAUAUCCCACUUACCGGAGAUCGAAAGACAUCAAUUUGUACAAAUUUCUUCUGCAUCGUUUUCAAUUUGUGUACUUUUUGAAACUCUUUUCUCGAGGUCAUCGCUGCUUACAAAACUUCCAUGGAUAAAAAAUGAAUUCACGGUUUCUUACGAAACAUUUCUUCCCUAGCUUGUGAUAUCUCGCCAACCAUACCAUACGCAUAUUGGCCGUAAAGAUGUAUGAAUCGGCGAUCUGUACCGAUAUUUGUACCAAUCUGCGACUAUUGCUUCCUUUAAUUUGUAAUUCUAUUUAAAUCAUUUAUUAUUUCCACGAUCAUCGCCUUCCACUAAACAAGCUUUUAUCCUAUGUACAUUUACGAAAAAAUUGUAUAAUGAGCGAUAUAAAGUUUUGUUCUCUCGACUCUCCAAAUAACAGUCCCAUUGAGUAUUAAUCUUGAAAUUUAUAUACGAAAAAAAUGUAUAUUAUUCGAUAAAAUGAAUAAAAAUAAUAAAUAAAAAAAAAGUCUGGUGAAGGAUGGAAUAA